AUGGGAUUUGAAGAUUAGAUUCCACCUAUUCCAAAUAGAGAUCAAGAAAAGAGAUACAUCGCUACAGUUGAAAAGUCCUUCUAUGAUCAACCCCUCUAUAAAUUUUAUAUGAAUGAAGCAUUAAGAGAAAGAAAGAUGGAUUAUGCUGAUAAAUUGAACACAUUCAAAUACGAAUGGAUUCUCAAUUUUGCUGCAUCUGGCAUGGUAUUCAGUUUAUUAUAUUUUAUUCCCGUUUCCUAUUUUUACAGACAAACAAGUACAGGAGUUCCAACCUAUUAUCAACCUAAGAACAAGGCAGUAUUCAAAUAAGGAUACUUACAAAAUCAAAAUUGGAGAAGAUUCAAGUUAUAUUCAUUCUUAGUUUUUGGAUCAGCAUUUAUUUUUGCUCAUACUUAUACAGACAGAUCACAAAUUCAUGACGAAUAUUACAACAAUGUAGGAGUCAUUAAGCCAAAAUUUGAAUGA